CCUGCCCUUGUCCCCACAGGACUGAAGAGCGAUGCGACAGGCAUGAUGGAGGUCGAGUCCUCCUACUCGGACUUCAUCUCCUGUGACCGGACGGGCCGCCGGAACGCAGUCCCUGACAUCCAGGGAGACUCCGAGGCCGUAAGCGUACGGAAGCUGGCUGGCGACAUGGGCGAGCUAGCCCUCGAGGGCGCAGAAGGACAGGCGGAGGUGGGCACCCCAGACAAGGAAGGUAGCAACCAGCCCAAGAGCAGCGAUGGGACCACCUCAUCUUGAACAUGACCUUGCCCGAGGAGGCUGGAAGAGAGACGCGCCGUGGACGGAAAGCCCUGGCACUGGCCCAGCAGCCUUUCCUCUGAGCAGUGUGUUCCAGGCAAACCAGGCCAGACUGAAAGGCAGCCCCAGAGGCUCCCGUGGCCCCUACCCUGGGAAUGCCCUCUGCCCCCACCCCCAGGCUCCACGCUCCACCUCCUCACUUGCCCGGGUACACUUUCAAGACACUGUAACCACAGGAUGUUAUUUAUUCAGCAGGUGCUGGGACUCGGGGGCUGGGUCCUGCCACCUGGGUGAACAGCCUGGGCAGGGACCGCAUUCUAGCCCUGCCCCCUCUUCUCCAGCCCAGCCGGCCUUCUGUGUCAGGACCUUCUUACCCCUUUUUUAAGAAGCACUUUUAAACUUUUUAGAAACUUUAAACCUUUUCUCAGCAGAGAGGGAGGGAGCUGACAAUUUACCUUUUAUUUUGGAAGCCAUUGUAAGUUAAACUCUUUGACCAUCUAUGCAGCUCUGAGGUUCCCUCAUGGAGCUUCACAGAUCCAUUUUUAGGGAAGGGAUCUUGUGCUUAAAACUCUCUGAUUAACUCUUUGCCCUUUCUACCAAGAUAAGUGACACCUAGGACCCAGGAAAUAAAUGCUGAUGAUUUGUGUGA